AUGACCAAGGGGCGUUCCCAUGUACCCAGCCUAGCCAAGGCAUCAGUGUUGAACCACUGUCCAUUUUUCAAAAUCACUGAACUUCGCUAUCUGCACCCUAUUGCCCUUGAACAUGCGACGAUAAUGGCGAAUUCAUCAUCUUUGGAAAUGAAGCAGUAUCUCAUGAUGAUACAUUCUCAGAGCCGUUAUGUCAGUCGGCCAAGAGAUGAAGGACUUCAGUCCUCUGAAAACAUCUCUGAGAUCUGCCCGGUAUGGCACUUUAUGUUGCAACGACUCGGUGCCAUGCAAAGCCCUGGAAUCAACCCGACGAUCUCUUUCUCUGACCCACGGUAG